AUGUUUGCCUCCUAUGUUGAUAAAGCACGAUCUCUAUUUGUUGCCCGUUUGCCAUGGUUUACAUCUCCAGAAAUCCUUAGGCAAUAUUUUAGCAAAUACGGCAUUAUUACCCGGGCAUCAAUUGUAUACGAUAGAGAUACUGGAAGAUCGAGACGUUACGGAUUUGUUGAAUUUCGUUCAAGAUCAUCCUUACAGCAAGCGCUAACGGAGCAACCCCAUGUGAUUGACGGAACAGAGGCACUCGUAAAGGAAGUUUUGACACAGCCCUCGGAGCCAGCGCAGAAAUCUGGUCUUGCUGAUGAAGAGAAACAAAUUUAA